UGGUUAACACCGCUCUUUCACGAAGAUGUGUAGGCUGGAGGAACUACUUCAUUAUAAAACCCACCUAAUGCUUAGGGAUUGUUAUUGAAACCAAUGUCACAAUACUAUCUCAUUGCUCAGAAUGGUCUCCUAACCCUUCACAAACCAGAAAGAGCUCCUCUCAUUCUAUAUUCGGCAGAGGACCACAAAUGGGCCUACACUGAUAUCGAUGAGAUUCAAGUGGAGGAAUUGAUAGAAGAACCGGCAUCUCCGUGCCGCCUUCAAAACCUAACUACUAUCAGACACGUACCACAGAACAGGAAGUGGACACCAUCACAUCCACCUCUGAUCCAGUACAAACUAGGAAACGAGAAUGGCAUUUUGAUUCUCAGAAAGCGCAAGUAUAUGCAUCAGCAUAUAUCUUCACGCCGCGAGGACAAUGAAUCAACCUUCCAUGACGAACAGAUAACGAAGAGUUUCAAUUCCAAAGGUUCAUUCCUAGUACUGCCUCCUGAACUACGAAUCCUAAUAUAUCGCCACCUCUUGGUCUGCUAUCCCAAUGCCGUUCCUCAUCCUAUCUGCAGUUGCACGUCAAGUUUCCGUAUUAUCAUCAGGAAAGAUAUCUACAGUGGUUACAGACUCUAUCCUCAGAUACUUGUGACAUGCCGCCAAAUCUACUUGGAGGCCUCACCAAUCCUUUAUAGGGAGAAUGUGUUUAACCAGGAGUAUUUCUGGCCAAGCACAUUGAGAGAUCACAGGUUGUAUCCUGUACCAUUGUCAGACACCUGUCGACUUGGUGAAAAGGCCCAGCUCAUAUCUCGCAUUCGAAUCAUCCGGCAAUAUCGCAAUAUACUGCUUGGUAAUGGGCAAUUGAAAAUCUUUCGAAGCUUCCCCUCACUAGCAGAAGUAAAAGUAGACUUUGACCUCAACGACCCUGUUUCCGAGCUUGACCUUACUACCCUCUGGCGAGAAGUGAUGAAAUCCCUUAAUCGAAGACAACCGAAACUCAAACGGGUGGAGAGCUGUAUUCGCCUUCCUUUCGACGAUGAUUAUAGAGAGUGGGGCAAGAAUCAGAAAAGCACGUCGCUAGAUUUCAGUCUCCAUAAGAGGAAAAAAAGAGACAUUGAGAAGUGGAUGAAAGAAGAGCAGCUAUUUGUGGGUCGGCAUCUAUCUUGGUCAUUUGAGACGUUGACUUCCGAAUAUUGUGGACCGUCCUGCGAAAUAACCUUAGUAGUCGAUGAUAUUGAAAAUGCAGACCAAGCAUCCCGCAUACCUGUCAAGGUAGUAAGUGAGUAUGAGGAGCGCUUCGGCUACGAAAUUAUUUGAUGACGCGUCGAUAGUCCGAGAGGCCUUUGUAGGUUAGGUAGGGGGAUAAUGGGCUCUCAACGUAUUAGCGUCGAUACUACUCUAUACAGUAAUUGCCUAGUCAAUAUCUAUACACCUCAAAUUAUUGGUGAAGAUCAUUUCGUG